AUGGGUUCUUUCCAGGAAGUUUCUGGAAACGAGAACCUUUAUGAUGAAUUUCAUCUGGACACAGUUUUACCACCACAACUCCAGGACAAUGAUGGAAACAUGCAGAUAAUGGAUGCCAAUGGGGACCCUCAAAUGUUAUACUCUUAUACCUUCAGUGUCAAAGAAGAUUAUGGUACAACAUAUUCAGCAUGCCAAGAGAAAACUCUUUCUGAUGAAGAAAUGAACAGAAGCAUACUGGGUGAAAUCUUUGAGAGGUGGUUCAAGAUCACGAUUCCAAAUGGGAAAAAGUACAAGACGCGGUUAAUAAAUUUACUCCAGAGUUAUUGCAGUAUGGGCUUCACACCAGUUGAUUUCCAGUACAUCAGAAACGGUAUCCAAUUCUUUGUUCAAAGUACCAAAACUGCUGUUGAAUUGAUGAAUAUAAACUACCAGAUAAGUGAUGAGGAGAACAAAAAGAUUUCUAUCUAUGUGAAUUCAUCUAGUGAGCCUGCAUCUGUACAAUAUAAGUUAACAGCAGCACAAAUGCACAGCCUAAAGCUGAGCAUAAAGAAACGAUAUGAUGUCUCUAAGAAAGCUCUGUACCUCGGAAAGCUUCGCUUUGACCAAGACUUGAUGGAUCAUGGAAUUGACAUGUUUCUGAACAGAAGAAGCUGCAUGACUGCUGCCCUUCAAAUCAUCCAAGAGAAUUUCCCCGAGCUGUUGUCCUUGAACGUGAGCAACAACAAAAUAUACUGGCUAGAUGGCCUGUCGGAAUUAAUAGAGAAAGCCCCUCACGUCAAGACUCUCAACCUUUCAAGAAAUUUGCUAAGAACAGCAUGGGAAUUGGAGAAGAUAAAAGGGCUGAAGCUGGAACAGCUGUGGCUUGAAGGGAAUCCCUUGUGCAGCACCUUCCCAGACCAUUCUUCUUAUGUAAGUGCGAUUCUGAACUAUUUUCCGGAGUUGUCACACUUAGAAAGCUACAAAGGAUCUGAGUGUCUGAAGAAUCUGCUCGUGCAAUUUAUGCUUCAGUACUACUUGAUCUAUGACUAUGGUGAUCGACACAGUCUCCUAAACGCUUACCAUGCAAAUGCCUGCUUCUCCCUGGCCAUCACUUUCAACUCCGAUAAGGCAGACAUGAGCAGCUUAGAAGACUACCUCAAAGAUAAUAGGAAUGUGAAGAUGCUGAUGAACUCCUUUUUGCGGAUGCAGCUGCUGAAGCACAAAAAAUAUAACAUCGUGACCUGCCUCCAUGAACUGCCAAAAACACAGCAUGAUUUAAAUUCCUAUGUAGUAGACAUUUGUGUCCAGACAGUGAGUACCUGCUUAUUCCUGAAAAAAAUGAUCUGCUUCUCUGUCAAUGGAGUAUUCAAGGAAGUGGAAGGGAAGUCUUGGGGAAGUGUUCGGGCCUUCACCCGGACAUUCAUCUUAACUCCGGACAGGCAUUUCAGGCUGUGCAUUGUGAACGAUGAGAUGAUUUCGAGGAAUGCCAACCCUGCAGAGACCAGGAAGGCAUUCUCUACCACUAGGCCCACAGUAUCCUACACCCAGAGUUGCUGGAACACCCACACUGAUCUAAAGUAUUGUAAGAACAAGUGGAAAUGCAUCAGAGAGGAUGAAGCCCUCUUUACAUUCCAGGUCUGCCACGUCUGCUGCAGGGCUUGUCAACAGCCGAAGCAAAGAAAGGAGGAGAAAAUUCCUUCCCACGAGCACAGGUCCAACUUCAGUGACAGAUCUGAUGGCCUUGGAGUGGCUGAAGACCACCACCCUCCACAGGCCUGCGCCCAAGCCCAGCUAUCCUUUAUCUUGAGUGGCUUCCUCAGCAUGCUGUCUAUAUGA